UUCGAUUUCUGUUUCGUUUUCGCGCGGGCCGGGCGGUGCAGCGGGAAACGAAAUUGGGCGGGGUCUGCUCUGCGCUUCGUGCUGCGCUGGGCUCAGUGCUGGUGCUGCCGCGGUUCUGGAGCGUCGGCCGCGGCUCGGAGAAUCUGUUGAAGAUUGUGUCAAAAUGGAUCGUGAGUAUAUGGASAAGCUCAACCAUUACAGUCAAAUACAUAAUCUUUCAGUGGUUUAUGAUACCAUCGAUGUGACGGGCCCAUCUCAUGAUCCUCAGUUCACAGUUGUGGCCAAAAUAAAUGGUGAGGUAUAUGGUACAGGCACUGGUAAAAGUAAAAAAGAUGCAAAAGCUGUAGCAGCAAAAAAGAYGUGGGAAAUGAUUGAGGAACAGCACAAGAGUCCCUCACAUAUGGCAGCUGCAGAGUUAAGGACAACUCAAACAACCUCAUCAACUCCACUAGACGAUUAUGUCAGCCUACUAAAUAUWUUUUCACAAAGGACAAUGCAAAUCGUUGAUUAUACUAACACASAUCGUUCUGGAGAUGCCCAUGCUCGCAUGUAUUCUGUUAGCUGUAMAAUUAGUGGUCACUUGUAUGGAAGGGGCACUGGACCUUCUCUAGCUGUUGCAAAACAAGCUGCUGCAAAAGAAGCAUUUGAGAGGCUGGAAGCUGAAAAAUCUAAUGGCAAUUUGUCUCAAGUGUCAACCCAGAGUGACUCCAACAGUGUUUGCUUUGACUCAGCUACAGWGUUGGUAGAAAAAAUUAAAGGCAUGGCAGUAUGUGAAAAGCCUUCACCUUCUCAGAGAAACACACCAAGCUCUGCUGUGAAGCCCAAAAGAAAAAUGGCAGCGAAUUUUGCUAAUAUAAGAAACAAGGAAGAGGAAAAAGCUAUGUCAGAUUCAGAUGGAAGUUUUCCAGAUGUGGACACAAAUACUGGAGAAGASAAUGGGAGUCCACACACUGUCAAUAUGAUAUUUCUUGAACAAUAUAAAGAAAUAGAGCCUAUCGGUGAAGGUGGUUUUGGGAAUGUUUUCAAGGCAACAUCAAAGAGUGAUGAGAAAACCUAUGCAAUCAAACGAGUUGAAUUCACAGAGAAAGUACAGCGUGAAGCAAUUGGACUUGCAAGCCUUACACAUGAGAACAUAGUGCGGUAUCAUAGCAGCUGGAAAGGGCCUGACCAUAUAAAAUACCCAUACUCAAGCCGUAAUUCAGACAAAAAAACGGACUGUCUUUUCAUCCAAAUGGAAUUCUGUGAACAAGGAACUUUGGAAAACUGGAUUGCACAGCACAGAGAAGACCGAAACUAUCAUGUAAUGGCACAAGAGAAAUUUUUACAAAUAGUGAAAGGAGUGGAAUAUAUUCAUUCUAAAAAGUUAAUUCAUCGAGACCUCAAGCCUCAGAAUAUAUUCAUAUCACAUGAUGAUAAAAUAAAAAUAGGUGACUUUGGUCUUGUGACUUCYGUGGCAUUUGAGACUCUUACUGAGAACAGAGGAACAAAAUCAUAUAUGGCACCAGAACAGUYUGGGGCCAGAUAUGGAAAGGAAGUCGAUAUUUAUGCACUGGGAUUAAUUUGGUUUGAAAUUCUUKCGGUAUUCACUGGUCAUGAGAAAAUUAAGGUGUGGCCUUCUGUUAGACAGGGURAACUUCCAGAGCACUUCAUCAACCAAUUUCCAUCACAGGCAUCCAUAAUCAAAAAGAUGCUUUCAACAGAUCCUGCAGGAAGGAUGACUAUAUCUCAUUUACUUGAUCUUCUUAAGUCCAUUGAUAAAAAGGAGCCACUUAAAAAUUWUUCUUACUAA